UAUGUUAUUAAGGUUGACCUUACAUGUGUAGGUCAUGACCCCUGGAGGUCACCCGCCUCGUGGGGCGGCCAUGUUGUUCGCCAUCUUUGUUCUUUGUGUCAGCUCCUGAUUAAACUGUGCUCGGUUCGCACACUGAAUUGUUGCUGUCAGAGUCGUCCUACAGCGGCCUAAUUGGCGUGGUGGCAGCGGCGAGAUCCAGAGUCAACGCCGUCAACCCUAAAAAAUUAGAAAACCGCAUUCACAACGACCAGGAUGGCAACAGCGAACCGGGCACCGAAGCAGUGGUGUUUGACACGUACGGAGUCAAUCAACUCGUACGAAAAUUGGCGCAGCAAUCUCAUCUACGUCUUAUCUCUGGACCAAAGUUUCGCGCCGUUCCUGGCUGAAGGCGUAACAUGGCAGAAGCGGGCACCAACAGUGGAACAUCGAGGCUUCGCCGACGAUGGGGAGGACGUCCCAGUGGCGCAACGCAGAACGGCGGCGCAGAAGGCGGCGAGCUUAGAAUUGAUGCUGGGACAAAUAGCGAACUUCUGCCCAAUAAUCACAAGAAACCGCAUCAUCAAGGCAAGUACAUCAUUGUCUGAUAUCUGGCAGGCAAUACGCCUCCAUUUUGGUUUCCAAGCUACUGGAGGUUUUUCCUCGAUAUUGCCAACAUCAAGCAAGAGCCAAAUGAGCGUCCAGAAGAUUUGUACCAACGUUUAACAGCCGCGGUGGAGGACAAUUUGUUAACGACAGCGGGGGCAUUACCCACCAGGGGGAAGCAGUGACUGCCGACGAAGAGGUCACACCGUCCCUUGAAAACAUGAUUGUAUUGUUGUGGCUCAAAAUGCUCCACCCAGAUCUUCCCGCUCUUGUGAAACAAAGGUACGGUUCAGAGUUAAGACACAAGACCCUGGCUUCCAUCAAACCAGAGAUAUCAUUAGCACUCACAUCUUUGCUCGAUGAGCUCCAUAGUAAUGAGGAGAUCAGGACCCUCCGUCUCGAACAGACCCGCAAACCAUUCUCAAGAGCUCAACAAGGCCGGAGCCGUCGAUCAAAACCUACGCUUCAGAAGAAAGCAUGCCCACUUUGCCAGCAGGCAGGCAGGCCAGUGUUUGAUCAUUACCUGAGUGUUUGCCCAUAUCUACCUGAACAAGAUAAAAAAUACAUGGUGCGAACGAGAGCCGUUGAGGUAGCUGAUGACAGUGAUGUUAACCCUUCUGAUGAAGAGGAACCCAGCGUCCUUCGCACUGAAACCACGUCCUUUGCUGACGACCAGUCUCCCCUCCUGUCAAGAGUCACCGUUCGUGCCUACCCACAUUUGGAAGUCUUCCACGGUGGGCAGCCAAUCCGCAUUCUGCUAGACUCAGGGGCAGAGUCUAGCAUGAUCCGUGCCGACGAGGCAAAGCGCCUGGGGCUACGCAUAAACCCCAACACCUCGCAAACACCAAGCCAGGCAGAUGGGGGACAAAUGACCGGUAUCCUAGACACGUCAAAUCCAUCUUCCUGAUGGCUCCAUCACCGACUAUUCACCGUCCUCGAAGCCACCCCA